AUGCUGGCCUUGCGGCUGCUCAACGUGGUGGCCCCCGCCUACUUUCUUUGCAUUUCCCUGGUGACCUUCGUACUGCAGCUCUUCCUCUUCCUGCCCAGCAUGCGCGAGGACCCUACAGCCACCCCGCUCUUCUCGCCUGCCGUGCUUCACGGGGCGCUCUUCCUGUUCCUCUCAGCCAAUGCCUUGGGCAAUUAUGUCCUGGUCAUCCAGAACUCCCCAGACGACCUGGGUGCCUGCCAGGGAACCUCGUCCCAGAGACCUCAGUGCCCACCACCCAGCACCCACUUCUGCCGAGUGUGCUCCCGAGUCACGCUGAGGCACGACCAUCACUGUUUCUUCACCGGCAACUGCAUCGGCAGCAGAAACAUGCGCAACUUCAUCCUGUUCUGCCUCUACACCUCACUGGCCUGCCUUUACUCCAUGGUGGCCGGAGUGGCCUACAUCUCAGCUGUCCUUUCCAUCUCCUUCGCCCACCCCCUGGCCUUCCUCACGCUCCUGCCCACUUCAAUCAGCCAGUUCUUCUCCGGAGCUGUCCUCGGUUCUGACAUGUUCGUCAUCCUCAUGCUCUACCUCUGGUUUGCUGUCGGCCUGGCCUGCGCCGGUUUCUGCUGCCACCAAUUGCUGUUGAUCCUCCGGGGGCAAACCCGCUACCAGGUUCGAAAGGGCGUGGCUGUGAGAUCCCGGCCCUGGCGCAAGAACUUACAGGAGGUCUUCGGAAAGAGGUGGCUGCUUGGCUUGCUGGUCCCCAUGUUCAAUGUCGGCGCUGAGAGCUCGAAGCAGCAGGACAAAUAG